AUGGUCUCCUUCACAGUAUACAAGGGCGGCAAAGAUGGCAAGGUCACCAAGGCCACCACCGAGAAGGGUGAACUCGAGCGCGACCAAGUCCUCGUCCGCGUCACAGCUUCCGGACUCUGCGGAACAGAUCUCCACUACCGCACCGCAGAUAUGGCGUUGGGACACGAGGGCGUGGGUGUAAUUGAAGAUGUCGGACCACAAGUCACAUACAUGAAGAAGGGCGAUCGUGUUGGUUGGGGCUACCUGCACAACUCCUGCGGACACUGCCAGGAAUGUCUCAGAGGCAACGAGACAUACUGUCCAGAGCGUGCGAUGUACGCCAUGGCGAACACGGACCAAGGAUCUUUUGCUAGCCAUGCUGUCUGGCGGGAAGCAUAUUUGUUCAAGAUCCCAGAUUCGCUGAGCGAUGAAGCAGCUGCUCCAUUGAUGUGCGGCGGUGCCACAGUUUUCAACGCGUUGCAUGCAUACAAUGCGCAGCCAACGGAGACAGUCGCUGUCAUGGGCGUCGGAGGUCUGGGCCAUCUUGCAAUCCAGUUCGCCGCUAAGAUGGGAACGAACGUGAUCGUUAUCUCGAGAUCCGACUCAAAGAAGGAAGAGGCACUGAAGCUCGGCGCGCAUGAGUUCGUUGCCACGAAGGACGUCGACCAGAUCAAGACUUCCAGGCCAAUCAACCGCCUGCUCGUCACAACUUCCGCGCAGCCAGAUUGGCAGAAGAUCCUGCCGGCACUUGCACCAGGCGCCACAAUCCACCCACUGUCGGUUGACGAGAACGAUUUCAGAAUCCCAUACAUGCCCCUCCUUGCCUACGGCUUGACCGUCCAGGGUUCUGUUGUAGCGUCUCGCUACAUCCACCAAAGGAUGCUGGACUUUGCGGCUCUUCACAAGAUCGAGCCUAUCCUGGAGAAGUACCCUCUGAAUGAGAAGUCCAUCAACGAGGCCAUGGACAAGCUGAACGAGGGCAAUGUCCGCUACCGCGGCGUGUUCGUUCCAGAGAACUAG